AUGGAACUGCAGUCAGCCGUCAGCCCGGCCUGUCUCUUUCUUUCUUUCUUUUGCCCACCCAGCCUCUCAGCGCCGCUUCACCCGACUGAAGUGAAGCUGGUCUCAUUCUCGAAGCUGGCUAUCGCUUGUGCUCAGCCGGUCGCCUCGAUCCCACCGCGGGCCGUGUGUGCGCGCGUAUUCCGGCUUUCCGACGGCGUGGUGUACAUGUCUAACUGUUUCUCUCAUGGACGGCUUCUUGCUGCAUCGUGGCCAGCGCUAGGGAAUGGUCUAACAACCUUCUAUCAGCCUAUCUCCGCCCGAGCCCUGGGCGGGCAUCUGUCGCAAGCGGGUCUGUUCUCACCCUCACGGUUGCAAUCCCGACAGCGAGGCGCACUCGGAUCGUUCAGGCAUACCAGUGGGCAUAUCGCAUUGCGGGUACCUAAAAAGUGGUACCUGGCUACAUAA